AAUUAUUCAUUUUAAUAAGAGCACUUGCUGGCCUCGGUCACUUUUAUUAUUCUAAUACGGUAGUGAAAACAUUUCUAAGAACUCUUAAAAACGAAACGAUGGAGCGUUGGGAAAACCAAGUAGCUGUUAUCACAGGUGCUAGUUCCGGCAUCGGCGGGGCUAUAGCAAAGUAUCUCGCGAAUAACAAAAUGGUAACUGUUAACCUGGAUAUGAAUAUUGAAGGCUACCAGGCACAACUUGCUGAGUUAAGCCCGGACUUAGUAAAACGUAUGCACUGUAUUAAAUGUAAUGUACGCGAGGAAUUUGAAAUUAAAGCAGCAUUUAUAGAAAUCGAGAAAAAUUUUGGACCUGUAUCGGUGAUGGUCAACAACGUCGGUAUGAUGACGAAAACCAAGCUGUUGACCGAAAAUAAUUCAGAGGAUAUGGUUAAAAUGCUCGAAACGAAUGUUUUAGCUGCGAUUUAUUGCACACGCGAGGCAUUUCGUUCGAUGAAAGCGAAUGGUAUCGAUGGACAUGUCUUUCUCAUGAACUGUGUCUGUGGACAUAAAGUGCCAUUAAUGGCUAAUAACGUUAUGAGUCUAUAUCCACCUACGAAAUUCGCGAUUACCGCGCUCACGGAAAUGUAUCGGCAAGAGUUUUGGGAUCAAAAAACAAAAGUAAAAAUAACGAGCAUCAGUCCUGGCAUUACUACGACGUCGAUCGCGAAAGACGUUGACGUGCCGCCACAUACAGCCGCUCUCAGACCGAAUGAUGUGGCGGAUGCAUUAAUUUAUUGUCUACAAACUCCACCGGAUGUGCAAAUCCAUGAUUUGAUUAUUAAGCCAAUUGGGGAAACGUUUUUGUAAAGCUUUUGUUAAAAUAAACUAAAAAGAAGUAUAGAAAAACUCAAAACAAUGUUGGUCAAAGAUAUACCGAAAUAGAUUUUUUUUCUUAGAGUGAAACUUGGAGUUCCUUAGAAUGCCAGAAAAAUGUAAAAUUGCCACAAUUUUGAAAAUAUUAGUUAAAAAUAGAUAGAAAAUAAGCAAGAAAAUUAUUUAAAGAAAUACACCAAAAACUGAAAAGUUCAUCGAAACAAAAAAAAAAAUAUUUUUGAGAAGGAAUGUUGCCACCUGUUUAAAAAAACUUGUAAUUAUUAUAAAAUUGAAGAGAUUUGGAGUGAAUACAACUAAAUAUAUUUGUAAUAAGGGUUGUCACCUGAUUAAAUUUUUUAUUUCACUACAUUUUAUAAAAUAGAUAAAUUUUAACAAGCUGGCGUUUUAAAAAGCUUUUCGUUGGUAUCGAAGCAGGCUGAUAGAUGAUAAUAUUUUUGAGAAGUGUUCCCAUAUGAAGCGUUUAAGAAUUACAAUCUAU